AUGACAUCUUCAUUCAACCCAAAAAAAGAAUCAAUUUUAGAUCUCCAAAAAUUUUUAGGUAAAGAAAUUUGUGUAAAAUUUACAGGUGGUCGUGAAGUUCAAGGUAUUUUAAAAGGAUAUGACCAAUUAGUUAAUAUUACAUUAGAUCAAACUCAAGAAUUUAUAAGAGAUGCAGAAGAUCCAUUAAUUACAACAGAUGAAAAAAGAUUUUUAGGUUUAGUUGUUUGUAGAGGUAGCAGUGUUAUGAUGGUUUGUCCAACUGAAGGUUGUGAGCCAAUUGAUAAUCCAUAUUAA